AUGACCGAACCAACAACUGUAAACACAGCACACGACUUGCAAACAGCUCCAGCAAACAAACCCCAUGUAGAAACUACAAACAAUAACCCACAAGCAAAUAACGGAGCAUCCAAGAAAACAUGUCAUACUAAAUCAAUCACACAAACAACUUCAACCAUAUCCAAACCUCACCAGAAAAACAGCACAACAACAUCCCCAGUAAGACAACAAACAGCAACUAACGUCAGCACACCAGAAAUAGCGACUACAAGCGACUUUAACGCUUGGAGUCCGCUCUGGGGAUCUGCCUCUUAUAAUCAGAGAGGAUAUUCUAUAGAAAAUGCCAUCCUCACCUCCAACUGUUUCGUACUAAACGACGGCUCCCCCACCCACUUCUCAACCCACUCAACCUUUACUCAUAUUGACCUUACGCUUUCCUCUCCCUCCCUUUCCAACAACUCAUCAUGGCACCUUAUAGAUGACCUUCAAGGCAGCGAUCACUUCCCGAUCCUCAUCAAAAUUCUCACAUCCCGACCCACCAUUCCCUUCUCUCCCAGGAUCAAAUUUAAAACAGAUAGAGCGGAUUGGAACAAAUUCGAAAGCGCAUGCGACUUCUAUUCCAAAUCCUUCCCAACAUCCUCCAACAUCAAUCAAGAUACCUCCAAUAUCCAUAAAGCAAUCCGCUGUGCAUCCAACGUCUCCAUCCCUCUGUCCUCAACCAAACCAGUAAAGCCAGCCCCCCUAUGGUGGAACAACGAAAUUGCGUCCCUUAGGCAAGCCAAACAACAAGCGUGGCACAACUUCAAUCGCAACCGGUUUACCACAACUCUCAUUCAAUUCAAAGAGCUGAACGCGCAAUUUCGCCGGAAAAUCAAUGAUGCUAAGCUCGACUGUUUUCAAAAAUUCACUAGCAGCAUCAGUGCGUCAUCCGACCCUGAAAAAAUUUGGGCUGACAUAAAAACACUCACCGGUUUACCCUCUAAUCGCCAAAUCUACUCCCUUAACACCUCUCAUGGCAAUCGUCUAUAUCCCCAGGAUAUAGCUCAAGAAUUCGCCAGUCACUUCCCUAACGCCUCUUCAGACCAAACCUUCCCCUCCGAAUUUAUCGCCUCUAAACGGUCAGAAAUCCUCCAACAUCGUAUCACACCAACCACUCUCUCUCAUUCAGCCAAACUUGUAGAAGCCGACAUAUCUCUUUACGAACUCCAACGCGCCCUGUCCGCAGUAAAAGGCUAG